AUGGAGGAGUGCGCUAGCCUCUGCCGCUUGGGCUCUUCGCGGGGAUGUCGGUGUCGUCAGGAGCGCCAGGGCCCAGCUGAGAAGCCGGCCCCGGCACUAAAGCCCCUCGAGGCGGACGUGGCAGCGCGUUGCUGUGCGGGGAGUGGAGGAAUCCCGAGCCCCAGGCCGCCCCCGCACUGCUCGCUGCAGGACCUGCCUGUGGAGAUGCUGGUGGAGAUUUUCGGCUCGCUCCCCGGCACCGAGCUGGCCAGCCUGGCCCUGGCCUGCACCAAAUUCCACCACAUCCUGCACACCGACAGCAUCUGGAGACGGCACUGCCGCGAGGAGUUUGGCCUUCGGGAAAACUUGCAGAACCUGGAGACGAUAGGUACGUCUUAUCGAGAAGUCUAUGCGAAGCUGUUCCACCCAUACAGACACAUUUUGGGAUUGUGGCAGCUAGAUACUGAGCACUAUAGAACACUGCUGAAUGUCGUGGUGGACGGCGUAGGCAUUACUGGUUGGACGUACGGGCCUUGCCUUAACUCCCAUGUUGAUGGCCCGCUGCAAUUCAAGCCCUCGUUCAGAAUUCGCCUGACGGAGACGAAAUCAGCCGCGGUGGAGUGCAUGGAAGGCCGCCACAGCAGGCCCCACAGCCGCCACUUGCAGAUUCGGAAGAACAGGUUCAGCACCCGGUGCAACAAGACAGACCACCUUAAGGAUUUACCAACGCGGCUUAGGGAGGAAUGGGGGCAGGUGCUGGCUGGGAAGGACAGACUGCGGUAUGACUGCCUGACCUACCGCCGCCUCUACCUCCCGCCCAACCACCCGGACGACCUCAUCAGGCCAGGCCUCUUCCAAAGCAAAUACCAUCGCUUUGGCGUAAUGAUUGCCAUGCUCAGCUUCCAUGGGGAGUAUGCCAGGGUCACGAACAUCACGGGAAACUACAAGGAGACGUUAGAGAUCCACCUCAUGCGCCGCAUCCAGCUGGGAGAUGGCAAGAUCUUCCGCAACUUCAACAAACUCUACCGCGUGGUCCUGGAGAUUGAGGAUCAGGUGAUCCGGGAGCAAGAAGACGGGACUGAGGAAAGCGGGGGCCAUGGCUGGCAGAGCCCUGCCCGGCCCAGCGUCGGGGAGUCCGGGGCUGCAGCUUUGGAGGAGCAGCCUGUUCCGUUUGUUCUGCCUGUGCGCGUGCGCUCCAGACGCCAGAACUACCCCUGAACCUGCAGGAUGUGUUUCUAUGGCGUGAACAUUGCUACCCCAUGUGGCUCAGGCCACGCCAUGCGCUUCCAUGGAGUCUUCAUCCUGUUCGAUGAGAACCACUUGGGGUUCAUCUGCCUGGAGACGAAAUACUUCACCCUGUUCGGCAGAGUCCAGAACACCUUCCAGAAUGUGGAGGCGCCAUCCCCGCGGGCCUUCCUGAAGAUGCUCAAGAACAUUGGGUCCCGACCCCGUAGGAGGAGCAGCUUGCAUGCACUUUGA